AUGAUGACAUUGCCAAACGACGAACCAACGAUUUCGCCCGACGAUGCUGCCACUGCGGCAGCAGUGGCAGCAGCCAGCACUGCAGCGGCAGCGGUAGCAGCGAUUCCCCAAUUGAAGGACGAUGACCACCUGCUUCACCACCAGUUUGUGCAGCAGCACCACCACCAACUUCAGGAACAGCAUGCACAUCAACAACAUGCGCUUCAGCAACACCAUCAGCACCAUCAACACCAUCAACAUCCCCACGAACAUGAUCACGACCAGUUGAACUCGCAGCUCAACCACCAGUUGCAACAGCAUAACUUGGCACACCACCAGUUGAACCACACGCCACACCAUCAUCUUGAGAUGUUGGCACAGGCCAACGAGGAAGAUUUUCUCGACUCUACCAACAGGAAGGUGGCGCCAAGGUCGAGCGAUUUGUUCAAGGUGGGUCCGCAGUUCAGCGAAACCAGGCACCACCAAGACAUUUACUGUAAGAGAAAUGAUAUGGACGUGAAUCCUAUUUUAGAAGCCAGAAUUGAUAGAGGGUUCGAGGUGGGUGAAAAUGGUACUUGGAUUGGUUACAAGAGAAACUAUUUCACCUUGGUAGCUUCGUUUUCGUUAGAAAACUUCAACUUUGAUCGUUUUAUUCAGAAUAAGUUUUACACGUACGAGAAAUCGUCCAAGAAUGGCGAGUCGGUUGGCGAAAAUAAAGUUGAAAUCAGCUAUUUUGCAAUUAGAUUGGUUGCCAAAUGCUCUGACGACGAUGUGGCUAUCAGCCUUGUUCAGCACACCGCCAAGAGAGACAAGGGUCCUCAAUUCCCUCCGCCAAUCUACCCAGCUGUUCCUGGCGACUUGCCUGACCACGAAACAGUCAGGGCCUCGUGUAACAAGCGUAACGGUAAUAAGAUUGAAAAUAUGAAUAAGGUUUUCUACUUUGAUAGAGCCGAGUAUUAUCACAAUACCAAUUUGGACACUUUGAAAGAUGACUCCGUUUUGAAGAACUACCCAAGUGAUUCUAUUGCCAGAGUGGCCAGAUUCGAAAGAAUCCAGUUUACCUCUUCUAUCAGAUUGAAAUCUACUUCGGUCAAUUCAAGAUACUUCACCUUACAUGUCGAGUUACUCGGAAUCAUCGAGAACGAAGAUUGUCAAAUCCAACCAAUAUUAUUGUCGUCUAUUGAAACACCUCCUUUGAUUAUCAGAGGAAGAUCUCCAUCAAACUAUCACAAGGAUAGAACUUCGGGUUACAGAGGUCAUAUUUAA